CCAUCAGUGCAGAUAGCAUACAAUUGACUGAACAAAGUUCACCAUCUCACUUAUGCCUCAUUCAUCAUCCCCGUGACCCUCCGCACGGACAUUAACUAUUUCUCAAGCGAUAACAAAGCUGAAACCUCAUCCCUCCUUUACUUAUAGGUAUGUAUAUGAAUGGCUUCCAGCAAGAUUGCCAUGACCUCUUGUAGGAUUUGACAAAUGAUAACGACGUUUCCAACCAAUCUUGUGCGGAAAAAAAACGGAACUCAACAGAGGAAGAGCGCUGGGAAGAACAUUGUGAGGAAGAAAGAGACGGCUACAACUCGACUUAUUCACUACGUGCUGCAAAACGGUCAAAUCGAAAAGCAGAAAUCACUGGCGAAAGCAGAACCCGUCGAAAUUCUCGAUGCUGAACCGCCCAUAUCGCUAUGGCAAAAACAGAUCGAGGAAGCAUUUAUCGGCUCGAAUGGCCAGUUGUCUGCACUGACUGCGGGACUAUAUGAGCCAUUGCGGCACUCCCCAACAGCAACACAAGACCUACCCGGAAGAAUCAUUGAACAUACGCUAGGACUUUUAUCGGACUCGACUAAAGCAUUGCUUCAUCGGUGGUUGUGGUACCAACUUCUGAUAUACUGCAGGAAUUUGAUUGAACUUGCGCAUUAUGAUCAGGCUCGUAUCGUUGACCUGCUUCGUCCAGAGAUCCCGAACAUAGGUCUGGAUUAUCUGAGACGUCUCUGCAAUGGUGCAUACUACUUUCGCGAGUAUAUUUUCAAAGGUUUGAUACGAAAUGGAUACCCUACUAUGGAAGUUGAUCUACGGAUCGCCUUUGGAGGGCCUAGGCCGUACUGGUACGGCAACCUAACGAAACCAAAGGCUGAAAAAUUAUCUGCACAAUUGCCUGUUACAGGAGACAUCAGGAAAGGUCUUCUUCACUUUGAUACUUCGGUGAUGUUAAGCCAUGUCCAAAAAUGGUUACAGAUUGAAUGCUCUUUUUCUGCUCUUUCGCGAGCCUUCUCAGAGCCCUCAACAUUAUCUCCGAUUCUAGAGCUAAUAGACCCUCCCGAGACCAGAUUCUUUCAUUACUUUUGUAGCUUCGUCGUACCGACUCGAUCAUUUAGUAAACAUAGUAUAUACUCCAACAUGAUAACACUCUCCGAAGAUUCUUCGUAUUUGCGCUUUACGAUACAUGCUGUAGGGGCUUGGUACCUUAAACACCCCUUGGCGCUGCAUUAUCAUACCCGAUGUAUCAGGAACUUCAGGCUCGCCCUUUCAAACCUCACCAGAUCUUCCGAUACUCUCAAGCCAUUGCUCAGUACUCAGAUACUCUUACUACAGCUAGCAGUCAUUGACCCUGUUCUAUACAACCAGUGGUGCAUGAUGGUCGAAGCCUCUGGUGAGCUGCUGAGGCGUAGCAUCAAGUAUCCAGAUACAUUGGAUCUGCGCGUAAAGCUUGCUUCGCACCAUGUGUUGGCCAAUACUAUCGAGAAGAAGGAGAAUGCUUUCACUAACCAUCGCUUUCUAGAGGACUGGGAAGAAAAGGUUGAGGAGAUCAACGAAACAGUUGCAAUGUCACCCCAAUUGCUGAACAUGUAUCAGACUGUUACGAUAUUGAGCUUUGGCACAGAUCGUAACAACUAUGAAGAGUCCCGUCAAGCAGCCAUGUCCAUUUUGAACAGUGUAUCAACCAUAAAGCAAACAUGCUCAAAUACAACUCUUACCAGCGACGAAAGACAAAUACUCGAAGAUACAGCUGAAUUGUAUAGACUUGGUCUACGAGUAUACCUUGACUGCCGUUUCACCGGUUUACGAAGUGACGUGGAAAUACAGGACGAUCUCCAUAAUAUUCAAACUAUAUUCUGCAGUCAACCCACUGAUGGCCAUCUUUAUAAAUCUGUUCAUUCACUAUGGGCUUUGUUUCAUUUAAGUAUACUACUAGGGAAGAUCGAACCUCUGGUUAAUUCAGUCGAACAACUUUCUAACCGACCUGCUACUGUACGAUUCUCUGACUUUGUUGAUUGAGGCUAACUAGUAUAAAUAGAAUAUCCCCCCUGCCCUCAAGUGCAUCCAAGAGGCUUGGAACAACAAAUUAGGAUGGGAAGAAGUCUGUAACGUCAAGCGCAAACGGAUAAGCCUUACGUAAUUUCGAUGGGUCUGAAUCAAUAAUUCUUAAAGAUACCAAUCUCUAUCUAUGUCUCCGUAGUCACUAGCUGCCGCUAGUCUUUCGAAAUCAUCCAAUGUUUUUUUCGCCC